GAACAGCAGCAGCAGUGUUAGACUGAAAGGCAGCGGGGGAAGAGGCAGCGGAGGAAGAGGCAACUCCGGACUGGGCACCGGGACACAGCUCAUUCCCUGACCGGGGCAGUGCCUAUCUGAGGCUAGGGGUAUACUACUCACACUGCAGAUCACUGUCUCCCAGGAGGAGAGUGAGUGAUGUGAGCAGAGUUGGGGGCAGGGAGGAGGGGAUGGGAGAGGGGAAUCUCACCCUGUGACAGCUGGGACCAGUCUGACAUAUCAUAGUGAAGAACAGGAGAUAACCCCAGAGGAGAUACAGUGUGCUUGGGUGACAGCUUCUGAUCAGCUGCUCUGGAGAGCUCGGAAUGAACUCACAUUGUAAGUGACAAGAAGCCUGGAUAAGUGAUCACUGGCUCGGACAAGUGACCCGAACCUUAAACAAGAGACCCCAACUUUGAGUCUACAUAGUCCUGCCGCGGAUACGUUACAUCAGACUCGGGUGACCCCAGGGUCAAAUAAACAAACAACCAUAAUACUGAUAGAUCUCCCUAAUACACCAACUUCGGAUGUGUGUUCCCGUUUUUGGAUAAGGGACCUGAGGAUAUGACAUGGUGCGCUUAGAUCUUGUUGGACUAUUUACAUUAGGGAUCUGUUUCCCUUGAUCAGUGACCUCCAGCCUGACCCCAGGAAGGCGGUGUGUAGAAUAUUGCAGUUACAAUGCCAGACUCACCUGCUGAUGUGAAGAACCAGACUCGGACCAGCCCACCCAGUAUGCCCCCUCCAUCACCCGCACUGAGCCAAGGGGCUAACCGCAGCUCCUCAUUCACACCAAGCACAAUGAUGAACGGAAGCAGCCACUCCCCUACCGCUAUCAAUGGAGCCCCCUCCACUCCCAAUGGUUUCAGCAAUGGUCCUUCAGCUUCGUCUUCAGCAGCUCUAACCAAUCAACAACUUCCGCCAGCCUGCGGAGCCCGACAGCUCAGCAAACUGAAGCGUUUCCUUACUACACUGCAGCAGUUUGGUAGUGAUAUUUCUCCUGAAAUUGGCGAGCGAGUGAGGACACUGGUUUUGGGGCUGGUGAAUUCAACACUUACUAUUGAGGAGUUCCACUCCAAGCUACAAGAAGCAACUAACUUUCCUCUCCGUCCUUUUGUUAUCCCAUUCUUAAAGGCCAACCUACCGUUGCUGCAGCGGGAACUCUUGCACUGUGCCCGUUUAGCUAAACAGAGUCCUGCUCAGUACCUGGCUCAACAUGAACAGCUCCUACUUGAUGUCAGCGCCUCCAGCUCUUCUAGUGACUCAUCUGACCUCGUCUUAGAGGUGAAUGAAAAUGGCAAGCGUAGGACCCCCGACAGGACCAAAGAGAGCUCGCAGGAAGGUCUGCACCCGGAACAUCUCAGCAAGCGACCCUGCACUUCAAGUCCUGCACAAAGAUUUAGCCCCACAAAUGGACUCCUUCACCCGCCCACCAAUGGGCUCCCACAUCCUCCCACUAAUGGGCUCCCGCACCCAACACCACCCCCUACUCAACAUUAUCGUUUGGAGGACAUGGUGAUGGCGCAUCAUUACCGGCACACAGACCCAAGGGAGCUACGAGAGCGCCACCGUCAGGCAGCUGUGCACGAGGUUAUUGAUCACAGACUUACUGAGCGUGAGUGGGCAGAGGAGUGGAAGCAUCUCAACAAUCUCUUGAACUGCAUUAUGGACAUGGUAGAGAAAACACGGCGUUCUUUGACCGUGCUUCGUCGAUGCCAAGAAGCUGACCGUGAAGAGCUCAACCAUUGGAUCAGGCGCUACAGUGAUGCAGAGGACAUGAAGAAAACGGUCAGCUCUUCAACUCAACCAUCCCGACAGCAUAACAGCUCCACUAGUACGGACUCUCCAGCAGAUACCCCACGAGAUUUCUUACACAGGCCUCAGUCAGGGUACAUGCCAGAGGAGAUCUGGAGGAAGGCAGAGGAGGCGGUGAACGAGGUGAAACGUCAGGCCAUGUCAGAGCUGCAAAAAGCUGUAUCAGAAGCAGAGCGCAAAGCGCACGACCUCAUUACCUUGGAACGUGCCAAGAUGGAGCGAGCAUUGGCAGAAGCAAAGCGUCAAGCGUCUGAUGAUGCUGUGUCAGUCAUCAGCCAGCAGGAGGAUUCAAGUGAGAGUUGCUGGAAUUGCGGUCGUAAAGCUAGUGAAACGUGCAGCGGCUGUAACACUGCGCGAUACUGUGGCUCCUUCUGCCAGCACAAAGACUGGGAAAAGCACCACCAUGUUUGUGGUCAGACCCUGCACCAUCCAUCAAGCGCACCUCCAGCAACCCCUACUUCAAGCCCCACCGCAAGUAGCUCUGCUUCCCGCUCUGGGACUCCCGCCACCCCUCUUUUGUUGGACACCGCCUCACGUUAACAAAGUGUGUGAGAUACAGAAAAUCCUGAAAGAUGACGCUGACCAGCUACUGAUAAAUAUCCUUGCCCCAACCCCUGAUUAUUGCACCUGUCUGGCUCACAUUUAGGGUGUAUUCCGACAGCCUGUCAAGACUUUAUCUACACCUUUUGAGUUUGUUUGUGGAUGGGUUGGGGGGGAUCUGAAGCCAGUAGCGGUCUGGUUAUAUUCCAGGAACCAGGAUAACAAGGCUUUCAUUACAGAAGAAAGCUAGGGGUCUCUUACAAAGCACAACAUGGAGGAAGCUCCAGUAAAUGCCAGAGCCCCUUUAGGAAGAAAUAAACCUGGAAAAGCAUUAGGUUGAUGGGAAUGAAUAUUUUAUUUAUAACUUCUUUGAACUCUUUGGCUUUAAAAGUAAUAAUCCAAAAAAACACACAGAAGUAUACAAAAGAAACUACCUUGCUAGUCAUCCAAGAAAUGUCUAACACCAACAACACCUCUAAAGGAAUCCCAAAAAAAAGGAACUUAAUCCAAACAUUGCCAGCCCUGCCAAAGUCAUAUAUAACCUGAUUUGAGGAGAAAAGAAUCCUUCUGGGAAUAGACCCAGAGUGCAUGCAGGCUGUGUUGUGAAUGCGGAGGAGAGAGAGCACUGGAGUAAGCUCCUCACUAGACAGAGCCGCAAGAAGAUGUGGCCUCUUCUUAGACGCUUGCUCUGUUACUGCACUUACAGAUACAUCCGCAUCUUCCUCCUCUACCUCAUGUUGCUUUGGUCUGUAGGACCCUCACAAACAAUCUGCUGCCUCCCUUAAUUAUGGGAGAAAAAAAAAUAACUACAGACACAUUAUCAAUGUUUGACAGACCCUAAGUAGGAGCUAAUAACCUACACCUUGACUUCUGCAAGGGUGAGAUACUUGGAUUGCAGAAAAAGCCUUUAUUUUUUGGACAAUAAGGCCCACCCCAUAAUUUGGGGAUUUGAGAUUAAUUUAAGGAGCCCUGUUGACUCAGACUAUUGCCCAUCAUGGGAAGAUUGUACAGUUUUUUUAUUUUCUAUUUAUAAGAAACAAAAGAAUUCCCAUGUAGGGGACGAGAGUGCAAUAUGAAAAAUGUGAGGCUACUGACUGGGGAUUGGGGUGGGUGGCGGCAGCUGCAAAUAUAUUAAAAAUAUAGGGGUCACAUGGGAUAAAUAUGAAGGAAUAAAGAGCAUAGCAGAUGAUGAUUGGUUACAGAGGUAAUUGCUCUGCAUCAUGAUUUCCAUGGGACCCUAAACUAUGUAAUAGUAUGUAAAGAUAUACACAGAUAAAGAGAGCCUGAGAGAUUCAUAGGCCAGAUACAAUAAAGUACCUGCUUGUUUUGGGAUUUUGUAUAGUGAAGCUCUGUUCGAGCUUCAAAAUAAUGAGAUACUGCUAAGCGAGGCAUGAAGGCAGGAUUAAGUAUUGUGAGUGUAUAUGUUUGUUGGCAGCCCAGUACCAUAAAAUGGGAAAAUGUUAACCAAUAACCAGAAUUAUUUGCCAAAUAUGUGCGGAAACUAAUCCUGUGAUGUUAGAGUGAAUUAGUUUGGCCUGCAGCUCAAAGGUUUAUAUUAAAAUAGCAGGAAUAGAUAACUUCACAAAGCUUUAGUUUAUUUCCUUAGUUAUCACUAAAUGGAAUGAGAAUUACCAAUAUGGCAGUAAAUUUUUUGCCUGCAAAGCAUUAUGGGAAGUAUCUCAAGUGGCAGACAUAUCACAAGAUAGUUUGCACUUGGGGAGAAAAGAAAAAUAGAUAUAUAAAUAAAGGGUGCCAUUCAUCAGAUAUAAGCUGUGAAAUUAGAAAUAGAGAUACCCAAAUAUACGUGUUGCUAUUUUAACCCUUUUUACAACCUGCACAGUUACAUUCUAUUCCAUUUGUAUAGUUUGCCAAUAUUUUUUUUUCUACAAAAUUCUCCAUUUUGUAGAUACAUUCUGGAAUAGAACCUACUGCAUGGUUGGAAAAAGGUCUUUAAUUAGGAUGAUGUUAUUAAAUCAAACCACAUUUUUGCUGUGUCUCCAUCCUCAUCUUAGCUACAUGUCAAGAAAUGUAUUGUUUGUAUGUCAUAUGAAAGAGUCUAAUAUAUUACCUAUUUGGGGCAUGUUUAAUGAUUGCCAGCAGCAGCUUUAAGGCGUUUGUGAUAUGUCCUUUUGUUUUGUAUAUGUAACACUGUUUGCCCUCCUCUUUUGUCACAAUCUGAUUGGUCAUUUCCUGGCUGUGACAUAAGUCAUACCUCUGUGGCUAAAUGUAAAGCAUUCUGGACUUGGUCUCCCACCAAAGCUACUCUGUCCUUGUCAAUGUUGUUCAACCUCUGCUCAAGUCGUUAUCAUGCUCUUUAUAAACAUAAUGUACUUCUGUCCACUUUUCACCCAUUUAUUUUUGGAGAUAAGGAGUUUCAACCAUGGACCGUUAUUCCCAAUAUGGACCUUCCUUGGCCACACUACCUCCAACUAAUUUCACAACCCAAUGAGUGACUCAAAAACACAUGGCUAACAGCACUUCAUGUUCAAACCAAAAUGCGACAGUAAAAGAGGACUGGGGCCUCUGACUUGAAAAUAAAAUAAUAAAGCAGCUUUAAAUACUGAAAAUAAGCAUCCCUCGGAUCAAAGAACAUAGACCUUUGCAGAUGGGUGCCUCUUCUUGUGUCCCAAUAGGGUUGUAGCUUUAAAGAUGGCCGUUGCCAUGCCAAAUCAGUUCUCCUGUGUUCCUAUUACACAACAUAUUUCAUUGUCACCUACAGCUGUUUGUUUGCUUUUUUUAAAAAAAUAUUUAUUUAUUUAUUUUUGUUUUAAGUCGGCUGCCACCUUUAACAAUCUCCCCCUUUAAACCCUGCACUUUAUAGUCUCCAAGCUCUGCUAAUGGGAAAUGUGAAUUACAAUUUUAAAUGUACUGAGUGUGAGUAGUUACUCAUUUGUGCUGUGGGGCAGGGUUCAAGGCCAUCAAACACUGAUGGAGUCAUCUGUUUAUUAACUUGUUAGCUGCCAAAAGUAUGCAUGUUGCCAGCAAUCUUCUGGGUGUCCACUUGUUAUGAAUUUCUGUUCUCUUUCUAGGUAGACCAUGGAAUAUAAUAUAUAAUCUUUGGUGAUGUCAACUAUUCUAACAUUUACUCAUUUCCACCCACUUAAAGGAACCUAACACUCAAGCAUUUUCAUACAUGCCAGAAGGUUAUUUAUUUUUUAAUUAAAAACAUUGUGCUCAAA